ACUUCCAGCUUUCACGUGUCUAGUAGUUGCGGUCAUGUAGGGUAGCUUUAAUACUUUCUUUCAUUUUAUUAUUCAUUUGUAACAUUUUUUAAAUAUUUCUAUUUUUGUUUUUAAAAAUUGGACAAUAUCAGGGGAGGUGCAUCCUAUCCAUGGAAAGUUCCCGCAGAGAGCGCAUCUCUGCAGGCACCGGCUGCUGAGGAAACCCGCCCCCCUCCACCUGUGUGAGACACCGGCAGUGAGAACGUCGCCAACAUGGCCUCCAAGGCGCUGGACGGAGGCUGGGGGUGGGCCAUCGUGGUGGCUUCCUUCCUAGCCCAGCUGCUGGCCUACGGGUCCCCGCAGUCGGUGGGCGUCCUCUACCCCGAGUGGCUGCACGCCUUCCAGGAGGGCAAGGGCAUGACGGCCUGGGUGGGCUCGCUGGUGGCCGGAGUGGGACUCAUUGCGAGUCCCGUCUGCAGCGCCUGCGUGGACAACUUUGGCGCUCGCCCCGUCACCAUCUUCAGCGGCGUGAUGGUGGCGGGCGGCCUGAUGCUCAGUGCCUUCGCUCCCAGCGUCCACUUCCUCAUCUUCUCCUACGGGAUUGUCGUCGGUCUGGGUUGCGGUCUGGUCUACGCAGCCACGUUGACAAUCACCUGUCAGUAUUUCGACAAGAGACGCGGCCUUGCCCUGGGCAUCGUCACCACAGGCACCAGUGUGGGCGCCUUCAUCUACGCCACGGCUCAGAAUGAGCUCAUUGUGCUGUACGGCCUGGACGGCUGCCUUCUAAUCAUCGGAGCUUUGGCGCUCAACCUCAUGGCCUGUGCCGGCUUCAUGAGGCCCCUCAACAUGCCGGGCUACUACCUCAAACAGAAGGCGGCCCUGGAGCGCAACACGAAGGAGCAGCUCUUCGAAAAGCCCCAGUUGGAUGACCUGAAAAUCAGAGCUGGUUCUACUACGUCCACUCAGGAGAAAAGUCUGAUGGUGAAGGAGCUUCUCAUCACCAUUGAUGGCAAAGACUCCAGCAUUCAGGUGGAGAAGAAGAGAAGUAGCCUCCUGGCUCGGUUGGGCAUCAUGAAAGUGAUCAAGAAGAAGAAGCAAGCCUACUCCAAGUACAUGCAGUCCAUGUAUGAGAUCCUGCAGAACCAAGCCAUGGUGGCCUUCUGCAUUGCCGUCUUCCUGUUCAGCCUUGGAGCGUUCCCUCCUGUGCUCUUCAUUGAGGAUGUGGCUCAGAGCCAGGGACUCAUCGAAGAAGUCAGCGUCAUUCCUCUGGUGUCCAUCGGGGCCAUCGCAGCUUGCGUGGGCAAACUGGUGCUGGGUAUGAUGGUGGACAUCAGGUGGAUCAAUAGCAUCUACCUGUAUGCCUUCACCAUGUUUGCAGGUGGCACCGUGCUGCUGCUCAUCCCCAUCACCAAGAGCUACAUGGGACUGCAGAUCCUCUCCGCCAUCCUGGGCUUCUUCUCGGGAAACUGGUCCAUCACCUCCUACAUUACCACAAAGAUUGUUGGCUUAGACAGACUCACACAAGCCCAUGGAAUCGUCAUGUUCUUUGGUGGCUUUGGGAUCAUGCUCGGACCUCCUGUUGUUGGGUGGUUCUUUGACUGGACCCAGUCUUAUGACAUGGCAUUCUACUUCAGUGGGAGCUGCGUGCUGCUCGGAGCACUGGUCCUCUCCGUGCUCACACUUCCCUGCUGGAAGACGAAGCCGUCCGACAACGACAGACCGGACGUCCAGUACACCAGCAACUGUGACAAAGUGGCCUCAGUGGCGUGAAUAGCACAUUUAGAUAAACACUCCCAACACUCUGCUUAGCAACUGUUGUACCCGAACGGAGCACCUCUGACUACACCGUGGCUCGCCCUGAUAACUGCUGCCAGGUUUCAAUGCACCAAAAACACUUCCCAGGGGAAAUCCGGGCCUUUUCCUUUAAAACCUAGCCUGCAUUUCUCAGGUCCAUGCCAAUUACACGCUCUGCACAUCUGAAGCUGAAGGCACAACACUGCUGCCUGCGUCGCUCUUAUUUUAUAGCCUCAUUUUAGGAGGUGGUUUAAACAAUAUUACAAUCUUGUCAAAUGACCGCUCGCACGUUGAAACUUGAAACCACUGAAAAUGCACAAAAAGACCCUUGAGAAUUCUUACUCUUGAGAGAGCUUGUUUCAGAAGCUUAACCUAAGCAACAAGUUUGUGUUUUGUGCUUUGAUUUGUCGUCUACAUUGACAUGACACCAUGUGUAUUACCAAAGCAUCAAUGACAGUUCUUGCCUGUCAACAUCUAAUGGCUGUUAGAACAAUACACACACGCCUUGCAUUGUUAAUAUUUUACUUUUUAAGUGCAUUAAUCGGUUUUUACUUAUGUAAAAUGACUAGCCGCAACAUUAGGUACACCUCCACUGACUAUACGGAAUCUCUAUUGUUGUGGUUGUGAAGCUGCACUGCAUCACUGAGUUUCUCAUAGUUGGGUUACAUGCAGUGUGAAGGUGUACCUAAUGCCAUGGCUGGUAAUUGUCCAUCCUUUUGUUGGAUCAACAAUAUGUAAAAACCAUGGGCAUUCGCUUUGUGGCAUUAUUAUUUUGACCAGGCUGGUCCUUUUUCCAUUUUUUGGGCACACUGUAUGUAUGUAUCUGCACACACACACACACACACACACACACACACACGCGUGCAGAGCUUGUGCACAUAAAGCGUUGUUUGAUAUACAUUUUGUAUUAGCGCUAGUUUGUAAAGUCUGACGUACUUGUACUUUUUUAUGCACCUGGCUGUAGAUCUGUUAAGAAUUGCUCAUGUUUGAAGUUGUGUACGUGCAAUCAUAACUAGAAUGUAGUUCAAGAGACCACUGCAGUUAGUUCCUGUAAUGGAAAGCGUUUUGUUUUUGUUUUUUCUUGCCUUUAAUGUCUGAACGUAAAUACAUUGACCUUUCAGACAGUUAUGUCUGGCUGUUUUCUUACACUUAUUAUGUCUAUGUCCUUAUUUCUAUUCUAUUUUGUAUUCGAUGUGCCAAAUAAAAUGUUUGGAAGCUUUGUGAUAAUGCUUGCCU